UACACUCCACAUUACUCAGUUACCUUCCAGUCAACCGUAGAUAGACAAUAAAAUUAUGUUGUCCGUCGCGUUUCUUCUGUUUUGUGUAAUUUCGAAAAUUGGCGCUCUGCCACAAACAAUUACCAGUGAUUACUUCGAAUUGUCGGUGGUUCAUUUUAACGAUUUCCAUGCCAGAUUUGAGCAAACCAGUCCAGAUGGUAACUCCUGUAAAAAUGAAACAGAAUGUAUUGGAGGAUUUUCUAGACUUUAUAGUAAAAUAAACAGCUUAUUGGAAGAAAAACCGAAGUCAGUGUUACUAAACGCCGGAGAUAAUUAUCAAGGAACUCUUUAUUAUACAGUUGGACAUUGGAAUAUUACUCAGGAGUUUAUGAACAAACUACCUAUAGAUGCUGAGGUACUUGGCAACCACGAAUUUGAUGAUGGAGUAGCCGGCAUAGUCCCAUAUAUUAAAUCUAUCCAGCAUCCAAUUAUCGUAUCAAAUAUUGACGACAGCUUGGAGCCCAGCAUGCAAGGAAUAUACCAAAAGAGUACCAUUAUCGAAAGAAAUGGCAAAAAGAUCGGUAUUAUCGGAGUAAUAACUUCAGAAUGUGCCAAAUUAUCUAGCACUGGAGACUUAAAGUUUUUCGACGAAUCUACCAGCGUUAACGCUGAAGCUGAGCGACUGGUUAAAGAAGAAAACGUUUUUACAAUUAUAGUUCUAUCACAUUCUGGAUAUGAAGUAGAUCAAGAGAUUGCCCAAAACGCUCAUGAGAAGAUCAGCCUUAUUGUUGGUGGGCACUCACAUACUUUCUUAUGGACGGGAGAUAAUCCUCCUGGCCCAGACCCCGUUGGUGGACCCUAUCCAACCAUAGUAAAAAGUAACCAAGGACAUAAUGUGCUAGUAACACAAGCGUCGGCUUAUUGCAAAUAUGUAGGUAACAUAACGGUAUAUUUAGAUCAUAAUGGAGAAAUUGCAGACUACACUGGAGCCCCGAUAUUCUUAGCUAAUAAUUUACCUCAAGAUCCUCAAAUCAACAAGGACUUACAACCUUGGAAAGAAGAAGUCGACAAGCAAGGAAAUAAAGUUUUGGGAUCGACUCUGGUUGACUUAUCUUUUGAAGGAUGUUAUACCCACGAAUGUACUUUGGGAAACUUUAUUGCUGAUGCAAGUGUUUUCGCUUUUACAAAAUCGCCACCAGAAGGAGCAUGGACAGAAGCUUCUAUUGGACUUGCAAAUGCUGGAGGUCUUAGGACUACUAUUAGAACAGGAAAUAUAACUUACGCCGAUAUAAAAACAUCUCAACCAUUUAGCAAUACCAUCGAUUUUGGUCAACUUUAUGGAAAAUAUUUAAAAGAAACAUUUGAACGUUGUACGUUAGAAUAUCAUGCAGGUCGAACAGAAGCCAGUACAACUCUGCUUCAAGUAUCAGGUAUAAUAGUAGAAUACGACUUCGCAAAACCAGAAGGUGAAAGGGUCAUUUCCCUAAAGGCGAGAUGUCACAAUUGUACUGUUCCUGUAUACGAAGACGUUGAGAUGGACAAACUGUACAACUUGGCUAUGAACUCAUAUAUGGCUGAAGGUGGUGAUGGUUUCGACAUCAUAGGAAAAAAUUUGAUUAAUAAAAAGAAAGGACUAGUAGAUGUAGAUGUUUUUGUAGACUACAUUGCUCAUAGAUCACCAAUUUUCGAAGAAGAAGGGGGCAGAAUUAUUUUACAUAAUGCCGAAAAUUCAUACGUUAUUCGGAGAUAAUUUUGUUGUUUGAAAAAUUGUAGUUUAAAAAUGAUAAAUAAAUAAAUGACAUGCUGCCAAAAAAUAGCCUUAGAACAACAAUUAUUAAGUUAAUAGAUAAUAUAUAAUAUAUUUUUUAAAUAGA